GUAAAGUUUAUGUUUAAGAGAGAAAUUCCCAGCAUCAAUUUAAAAGUUUUUGUAAACAAGUGAGUGUGUCUUAUCCUAUUUUUUUUUUUCCAAAAAUGUAUUUCGUUAUAUUAAAACUGUGUAUUGUACUAGCCCUUACUGGCUCAGUUAAAAACGUUUCAGGUGGAAUAUUUCCAUCAUCGUUUUAUUUUAGAACUGUGUCGGAAACGGAAAUUCCUCAAGAAAAUAGUGUCGAUGUAGACGAUGCGGAAAUCGAAGAUGAAACGGAAUCGGUCGGUGUUAGUGAACAGGAGUUUACAGCACUUCGAAUAGAAUAUAUUAAAAAUCAAAUACUUAAAAAGUUGCGACUUAAGGAAAAACCACAAAUAACCAUGGCAGAUCUUCCUAUACCGGUAAAGGAAUAUGAAAAUUUGCUGCCUGACCAGGAUAUGAAUCAACUGAGCAGAUAUGAUGAUGACUUUUAUGGGAAAACGACUCAAGCUAUUGUGCUACCAUAUGAAGAUGAAGCACGUUGUCUCAGAAAAGUACACUACCCAUCUGCCUGCCUCCCAUUCCAAAUGCCGAAUGAUAUUCACAGUACGGAUGUAAGUACUGCCCAGUUGUGGUUUCACAAAAAACCCGACAUAAUGGACUCCCACAACCAAACUUUUAUAAUAUCUGAAGUUGCUCAUUGGGAUACCAACAAGAGUUUCCAGAAAACGAAUCCAAUUGCCAUACAAGAUACUAACUCAAGAGAGGGUUGGUUGAAAGUUGAUGUGACCUAUGUAGUGAAAAACUGGUUAAACUAUCAGAACUCCCCCAUACACGCAAUUAAUGUUUUGUGCAAAACUUGUGGAGCCGACAAGUCCCAAUCACCAGUUUCAUUUAGUGCGGAUUUGAAGCCUUUCCUAAUUAUUUAUACCCACUCACAACAAAGAGGGUCAAAAGUUAUGGGUAAAAACAACCAACGAGGUUCACGACCUGAGCUCACGCCUUGCUGUGCGGCGACGCAAUUUCAACCUUUACAAUUAGUUUAUAUGGAUGGUAAUAAAACCUUAACAACAAAACGUUUGUCAAAUAUGAUUGUAGAAACUUGUGGUUGUAUGUGAUUUAAUUUUUAUAUUUCAUUUGAAACUAUAGAAAUUACAGCGUUCAUAUAUCGAUUUAUAUUAAUAUAAAAAAAAAUAUUAAUUUAAAUCCUAAAUCGUCUAUAUGAACAAAUGCAACAGUAUUGUAUGGUAGUGAUAGAAAGAAAAUUUGUAGCAAAGUUGUGGUAGUACGAGUUCAAUAAGAAAAUUAUUUUCUCAAAGUAAUUUUCGUCUUAUUUUCAAUACAAUUAUUUAUCAGAAGAUUAAUCUGUCACAACUCUGUGUUCAUUAUAAAUAAUUUAAAACAAAAAAGAUCAUUCGCGUUAAUACAAUGCAAAUAUCCUAUCAUUGGCUGGACCAACAGGUUAUUUGCUUUCAUCUUUGUAUUGCAAGCAUCGAACAUUUUCAUAAAUAUGAAUGGUGUGCUUUUUUGGUACCUACUGGGAAGUCACAACGGUUUGAAAAAUGCUAGAAGAGCUAGAAUCUAUAAAUAUAGGUACCAAAAUAUUUUUUUGUCGUGCAGGCGCGACUAUAUUGCUUAAAAUAAUUUUUGUAUUCUCAAUAUGCUUUAGCUUUACGUUUUCUUAUUAUUAUUGCAAAAAUAAUUUUCACCUAGAUUUUUGCAAUCCCAACCAAGCAGUUCAUGUAAUAAUUAGAUACUAGAGUGUAAACACAUUUGGAUUUAUUUUUUGUUGUGUUUUUUUUUAUACUUUUAUAUGUUUUCCUAAAUAUUUUUGUAAUAUAAUUCAAGAUGUAAUUAUAAUAUGCUGAAAGUGUUUGCAAACAUCCGAGGUGAUUUGAAAAGAUGGAUGGUAUUUGAAAAUAUUUAAAUGUGAUCAAAACUAUUCUCAUACGCAUCUGAAUCUAUGGAAAAAUACAAGGUGAAUCUGAGAAUGAGGUUUUUUUUUUAACAGGGAACCAAAAGAAGCUGUUUGGCAAAAAUGUGUUUACAUAAAAAAUUUAAGAUAACGGAGGUACAGGUAUUUUAAAGUUUAAAGAAGACUGCAACUAUAAAUCAUUUUGUAUACAUUUACUCGAAAAAAAGCCUUUAUUAGUGCAGCAUCAUGAGUCUUAUUCCAUAAUAGGUACUCUACAGUUGCAUUUUUUCAUCAGAAAAAUCAAUCACGAACUCCUCUUAUAAUUUUCGACCUAUUAAUUUUGGUUUUCGUUAUCUUAAAUUUUUUAUAUAGAUAAACAAUUUUUUGCCAAACAACUUAUUUUGGCGAGAUAUAUACCCUGUUAAAAAAAACCUCACUUUCGGAUUCACCCUGUAUAGAGUGUACCUACUAGGAAGAGCACGGAGAGUCAAAUGGCAAUGGAUAGUGCCAUACUCUACUACAGUAGAGCAGAAGGUGAUUGUCAGUACGUUUUUAUUUUGUUAAUUUUGAUACUUUAAUGUCCUUCCACAAAUCCAAAUAUUUAAUUAGGAUUUUUUCAAUUUUAAAAAUAAAUAUGCAGGACAUUCAACUAACUCUCAAAUGGAUGCGACAGUCGGUAUAUUUUUGAUCUAGAAUAGUAAGACGUGGGAUGCCAUCUUUUUAUUCUGCUCUAUUAAAUUGUGAGGUAUAAAUGACGCUGACGGCUGACGUGUGAUAUUCUUUAGUUUUAGGGUCUUAGAAUAAAAUAUUUAUGGUGCGAAAAUUUAUGAAACUGUAAAUUAUUGCUUUUUUUACAUUAAACUCUUUUUAGAAAAUGCA